GACACCAGCAUGGAAAUGAACUUGUAGCUACUGGUUCAAACCCUUGACUUGGUAUUGCUUAUCAAAUCUCUUGUGGGUGUUGGAAUUUGAUAGUUGGACUUUGUUUUGCCUUUGUUCUGGCCUUUUAGCUUUUGUUGAUUACUUCAAUUCUUGAUUUUCUCAGAGAGAGUGAGAUUGAGACUUGAGAGAAAUACGGGAGAGAGAUAAUAUGUUUGUCGAGAGAGAUUAAGAGAGGAGAGAGAGAGAUUGAGAGAGAGGGAGAGAAAUUGAGAGAGGGAGAGAUAGUGGGAGAGGGGGAGGGGGAGAGAGAUUGAGAGAGAGAGAGAGAGAUUUGUUGAUGUGAGCUUCUCUGAGUAAUAGUACUUUCAGGGGUUCAAAAGAUAUCAGUUAUAGUUAUAUACAGGUUUAUAUUUAGCAGACCCAGUAAUUACAGAGAGUAAGGUGUUGUGUUUAAGGUUGUCUAGUUGUAAUACUUGAAAAUUUAUUGUGGGUGUUUGCAAGAAAGUGUUAUAGUUUAGUUCUAUAUCUGCAAGUAUUGAUACUUUAUGCCUUUUUUGAAAAAUGUGUUUCAUUCUAAGCCAUCAUCUUCUACAUCAUCUUCGCCAUCGGAGUCUCCGUUGAGUAGCACAAGGUCAUUAGGUUCGAAAAGGAAGCUGACUAGGCAGCGGAAGCUGAGACAUGUGACAGAAUUUGAUUUGGGUUUGCAGCCUGUUGAUGAUAGGUCAAAGUCUUUGCCUGUUUCGCCUAAUUCAGGGUCGUUGUCGCCACCUAAUUUUAGGCAUUGGCCUGUUAAUGCUGUGCCUCAGCCGUUGCCACUUCCUGAAUCACUUUCGGGGUUUAAAACAGGUGACAGUUCGCAGUCUAAUGGAAGGGGUAGAGGAGGGGAGGGUACUUCAUCGAGCUUUGUGAAUGCAGGGCAGAGUCCAAAUCAUGUUGCCAGGAAAUCACCUACAGUUCCAACCUAUCAUCGGAGAGGAUUCCGUCAAGAAAAUGCUAGUGAUGCGCAAAGCUUCAGGCUAAAUGUUCCCGCUAGGAGUGCUCCAACUAGUGGCUUCUCAAGUCCUGCUGUUAGCCCACAAAGGUUCCACUCGGUAAAUUUUCUCCAUUCUUCAUAUGAUCUUCCUCGUGAAUCCAAGAGUUCAAAUGAUGGGAAUGCAGUAUCUACUUCCCAUGUGUUGCCGGAAAGGAUUACAGCCAGUCCUGACCAUUCUCCUCUUCAUAGUCCAAUAUUACUAAGUCCCCACCGUGGUACCAGGAAUCCUUCUGGUAUUGCACGCCAUUCAAUAUAUAAGUCUCUACCUGAAAGUCCUGUGGCAUGGCCUGAAGGUAAUAAUUCCAUCGUCCACCCUUUACCCCUUCCACCUGGAGCCCCGGUGCCUUCACAUUCACCUUCACCUUCACAUUCACUUAAACCUUCUCACACAACAAAUGGAUCCUCAACGAAAGGUCAAUGGCAAAAAGAAAAACUCAUUGGACGUGGUACAUAUGGGAGCGUUUAUAUUGCAAUUAAUCGUAAUGAUGGAGCUAUGUGCGCAAUGAAAGAAGUUGAUGUUAUUUCUAAUGACUCUAAAUCUGCUGAAUGUAUAAAACAGCUGGAGCAGGAAAUCAAAGUUCUUCAGCAAUUGGAUCAUCCAAACAUUGUACAAUAUCUCGGUAGCGAGAUAAUUGAGGAUCGCUUUUGCAUAUAUUUAGAGUAUGUUCAUCCGGGAUCAGUAAAUAACUAUGUCCGUGAGCACUGUGGAUCCAUAACUGAAUCUGUAGUUCGCAGUUUUACCCGCCAUAUUCUAUCAGGGCUGGCUUAUUUACAUAGCACAAAUACCAUUCACAGGGACAUUAAAGGGGCAAAUUUACUUGUCAAUGCCUCAGGUGUUGUCAAGCUUGCGGACUUUGGGCUGGCAAAACAUCUUACGAAAUAUGCAGUCGAUCUCUCUUUGAAGGGAAGUCCAUAUUGGAUGGCUCCAGAGGUAUUGCAGUCUAUGAUGCGAAAAGAUUCAAACCCAGAGCUUGCCUUUGCUGUUGACAUAUGGAGUGUAGGUUGUACCGUUAUUGAGAUGCUGACUGGAAAACCACCAUGGAGUGAAUAUAAUGGGGUACAAGCUCUGUUCAAUGUCUUGAACAGAUCCCCGUCCAUCCCAGAAACCUUAUCUGCAGAAGGAAAGGAUUUCCUCAGAAAGUGCUUUCAGAGAGAUCCAGCAGAUAGACCAACUGCUGCUGCGUUACUUGACCAUCCAUUCGUAAGAAAUAAACAAGAUCAAGUCUCAAGUUGCAGACGCGAAUUUUCUGGUCUUAAAUUGCAUGAUGCAUCGAUGUCCUUAAUUAAUAAAAACAGACAAAAUUUGAGGUCUGUAUCACCAUGUAAUUGGACUCAAAAGGGAAAAGCUCCUAGUAAUGGCGUUGCUCGUGCAGUAUCUUAUCCUGAAUCUCCAGACCAUUUUGGUACAUCCUCAACAGAUUUCAGGGAGCAUUUGCAAACUAAGCCUUCAAAUACUUCUAGCAGUUGGUCACGCAAGAGCCGGAAAGUACAACAAUCACCUCACCACUAGGACUCCUGGAAGGGAAAUCCAGUGUUCGAAAGAUCACAGAAGGAUUAUAAGUAGAGAUCAUAAUUUCAUGUAUAGUGUAGUGACAUAGAGAAUCGACUUUUUUGUUUUUAACCUGAGAUGUUCUUCGUAACCAUUAGAGAGUAGUUUUAUGGUCUGUGCUACCUUUCUCAAGGAGCAAUACUUUGGAUUGUGAUCUUGGGUUUGUGUUGUGAGCUUGCUAUAUAGGAAUGCAGCUUCGUGAAACAAUGUAAAUAUUAGUCAAGAUGUCUUCAAAUUAGAAAUAAAAGGCAGAUGCUAAAUAGACUCA